CCCUCAUCUCGUCUGUUCGGUCUCUUCCCCUCCUCCUCCUCACGUCCCAUCUCCCCCUGCGACAUCACCCUCGCAAAACUUCACGACCAACGACCAUGCCCGCCAACGUCUCCGCACCUCGUUCGAUGUCCACAACUCACUGCCAGUGCCAGUCUACCUCCUCCACUAUGGUCCCCUCGGUACCCGUAGACCAGGCGUGCGGCUCGACGACGUGCAAUUGCUCGGAGUUCUGCUUUUGCAGGCCGAAUGAUUGUCGGUGCGGAAGUGCGAAGUGAGGGCCAUGUGACAUACUACCCCUUCGCUUCGUCGUUCAUGCUGUAGUGAUCAUGGCCUUGAGCGUCUUACCGC